CGAUACUAUUCGAUAGCAGCUGUUAUUGCGUCGCAGCCAACUUCACGUCACGCUUGAGGAGGGAGCUUCACAGACUGGUUGGUUCAAAACAAAAAAUUAAUAAGCUGCCAAAAUGCUGACCGACGACGAUGACUUCUUCUACGAGGACAAAAUGGGCAUGACCGUGACGACCAGCUCAGUUGUGAUAACCAAGGAUCAGAGCAAUCUAAUUGGCAUCAGCAUCGGCGGCGGAGCCCCAAUGUGUCCCUGUCUCUACAUAGUCCAGGUAUUCGAUGGCACUCCGGCCGCUCGGGAGGGCUCCCUGCAGUCGGGUGACGAGCUGCUGGCCGUCAAUUCGGUGAGCGUGAAGGGCAAAACCAAGGUGGAGGUCGCCAAGAUGAUACAAACGGCCACCGAGGAGGUGACCGUGCACUAUAACAAGCUGCACGCGGAUCCGGAGCAGGGCAAAACCGUGGACAUAAUCCUCAAGAAACUAAAACAUCGCAUUGUCGACAAUUUGUCGAGCAAUACGGCGGAUACGUUGGGCCUAUCACGGGCCAUACUCUGCAACGAUUCGCUGGUGAAGCGACUCGAGGAGCUCGAGGGCACAGAACUGAUGUACAAGGGCCUGGUGGAGCAUGCCCGUCGCAUGCUGAAGGCCUACUACGAUCUGCUGCAAACGUACAAAUCCUUUGGCGAUUGCUUCACACAGAUCUCGGCACAUGAGCCGCAGCAGCGUGCCUCCGAGGCAUUUCGCACCUUUGGCGAAUUCCACCGAUCGCUGGAGAAGGAUGGCCUGGCCAUCAUCAAGCAGAUCAAGCCCGUGCUGGCCGAUCUGGGCACAUAUCUGAACAAGGCCAUCCCGGACACCAAGCUGACCGUGCGACGCUAUGCGGACGCGAAGUUCACGUAUCUCUCCUACUGUCUGAAGGUCAAGGAAAUGGAUGAUGAGGAGCAUGGGUUUGCGGCGCUGCAGGAGCCGCUCUAUCGCGUGGAGACGGGCAACUAUGAGUACCGUCUGAUCUUGCGCUGUCGCCAGGAUGCGCGCAGCAAGUUUGCCAAGCUGCGCACGGAUGUGCUCGAGAAAAUGGAGCUGCUGGAGUGCAAGCAUGCCAUGGAUCUGAACAAACAGCUGCGCAGCCUGCUCGAGAGUCUCGCGGAGCUGCACAAAAGUCUGGUGGAGCGUCUGGACACGCUGCCGCCGCUGUUCCCCAUCGAGGUGGACUUCAAGGAAACUGAUUUUCAGUACAAAUCCAGCACACUCAAGCCCCAGGAGCUGGACGAGGAAGAGCUCGAAGCCAAUGCGCAACGCCGCAGCCACAAAGUCAUCUAUGGCCGGGAGGCCGUGGAGCAGCCGGCGCCCAUUGUCAAUGUGGCGCCGUCCAGUUGUCCGGCGGCCGCCGCCGAGUCCAAUGCCAGUGAGAAUGAGACGCUGCUGAAGGAACUGGGCCUGCACGAUGUGGAUUUGCUGUCCAAUCCGCAAACGAUCAGCAAUCAAAAGGAUUCCAUAUCCGCGCAGAACGAUGGCUACGAUUUCGAUUUGUUCCUGAAUCAGGCAAAUGCCACCACAAGCCUCGAGCGGGACCUGAUGUCGGCAAAUGCUAGCGAAACUGAUUUGCUGCUGCAAUAAACUUUUAUUAGUAUUUGUGUACAAAUAUAA